AAAACAACUUUGAAAAUUUGCUCUGCGUUGGGGUGUGAGUGGGUAUGUGGCCUUUUAUAAAAAAAAAAUACGAGGCGACAAUCACAAGGAAUUAAAGGUGCUUCUUUUCCUGUGGAGAGUGAUCGUCCAGGCAAAACCUCUAUUUUAGUCUCUCAGAUGGCACCAAUGCAGCUUCAGUCUUGAUAGACUGUCUGGGGGACCCUUGACGGCUUUCUGGAUACAUGCUCUGAGCCAAGUGGUGGAAAUGAAAGAUGAGUGAUUUUGAUGAAUGGAUUUCCGGGAAAUAUGGACAAAUGGAAGAAGGUCCUCUUCCGCUGUUGACUUUUGCUACGGCUCCCUACAAUGACCAGAAACCAGGAACUAGUGGAUUACGGAAGAAAACCUAUUACUUUGAGGAAAAGCCUUGCUAUCUGGAGAAUUUCCUCCAGAGUAUAUUUUUUUCCAUAGACCUAAAAGAGCGCCAGGGAUCAUCACUGGUGGUUGGUGGAGAUGGGAGGUAUUUUAAUAAAUCCGCAAUAGAAACAAUAGUGCAGAUGGCUGCUGCCAAUGGGAUUGGUCGCUUAGUCAUUGGACAGAAUGGGAUCCUCUCCACUCCUGCUGUGUCAUGCAUCAUUAGAAAAAUCAAAGCCAUUGGUGGGAUCAUUCUGACAGCCAGCCACAAUCCAGGAGGGCCCAAUGGAGACUUUGGAAUAAAAUUCAACAUUUCUAAUGGAGGUCCUGCUCCAGAAGCAAUAACUGAUAAAAUUUUCCAAAUUAGCAAGACAAUUGAAGAGUAUGCAAUUUGCCCUGACCUGAAAGUAGAUCUUGGAGUUUUGGGAAAGCAGCAGUUUGACCUGGAAAACAAAUUCAAACCCUUCACAGUGGAAAUUGUGGAUUCAGUGGAAGCCUAUGCCACAAUGCUGAGAAACAUCUUUGAUUUCAAUGCACUGAAAGAACUGCUUUCUGGGCCAAACCGACUCAAGAUCCGCAUCGACGCCAUGCAUGGAGUUGUGGGACCGUAUGUAAAGAAGAUCCUGUGUGAGGAACUCGGCGCCCCCGCAAACUCGGCUGUCAACUGUGUUCCCCUGGAGGACUUUGGUGGCCACCACCCUGACCCCAACCUCACCUAUGCAGCAGACCUGGUGGAGACCAUGAAGUCAGGAGAGCAUGAUUUUGGGGCUGCCUUUGAUGGCGAUGGGGAUCGGAACAUGAUUCUGGGCAAACAUGGAUUCUUUGUGAACCCCUCAGACUCUGUAGCUGUCAUUGCUGCCAACAUCUUCAGCAUUCCAUAUUUCCAGCAGACCGGGGUACGCGGCUUUGCUCGCAGCAUGCCCACCAGCGGUGCCCUGGACCGGGUGGCUAAUGCUACAAAGAUCUCUUUGUAUGAGACCCCAACUGGCUGGAAGUUUUUCGGAAAUUUGAUGGAUGCAAGCAAACUGUCCCUUUGUGGGGAGGAAAGCUUCGGCACUGGUUCUGACCACAUCCGUGAGAAGGAUGGGCUGUGGGCCGUACUUGCCUGGCUCUCCAUCCUAGCCACCCGCAAGCAGAGCGUGGAGGACAUUCUGAAAGAUCACUGGCAAAAGUAUGGCCGAAAUUUCUUUACCAGGUACGAUUAUGAGGAGGUGGAAGCUGAGGGUGCAAACAAAAUGAUGAAGGACUUGGAGACCCUGAUGUUUGAUCGCUCCUUUGUGGGGAAACAGUUUUCAGUGGGUGACAAAGUUUACACCGUGGAAAAAGCGGAUAACUUUGAAUAUAGUGAUCCAGUGGAUGGAAGUAUUUCAAGAAACCAGGGCUUGCGGCUCAUUUUUGCAGAUGGUUCUCGCAUCAUCUUCCGGCUGAGUGGGACUGGAAGUGCAGGGGCAACCAUUCGACUAUACAUUGACAGCUAUGAGAAGGAUGUCGCCAAGAUCUACCAGGACCCUCAGGUCAUGCUGGCUCCCCUCAUUUCUAUUGCUCUGAAGGUGUCCCAACUCCAGGAAAAGACAGGACGCACUGCACCCACUGUCAUCACUUAAGAAGACAAGCUGGAUGUGGUACGUCCCUCUGCCCCAAGACUCACCCAGGUUAUCUGAUUGAAGAGCAUGGACAGAAACAAAGUGUCUUCACCCAGGCUUUUAGGAGUCGGUCUUUCUACUAAUCAGAGCUACUGAUGAAUGGUGCAUUUGCAAGGCCUUGCCCACGAAGAUGACUAUGAGAGACAGCCCUGUGGGAAAGAGGACCCAGGGGCUUAUACUAAUGUCACUUCCUUUUUAAUUCCCUUGUGCACUGCUGCUGUGUAUUUGUCUCUUUAAGUACUAUGUACUGUUUACACUGUAACAUAAGAAGGAGGUUGACUAUCAACUGCAGAAGCCAUUUUUCACCUUUAGAAUGUGUCAAUGAGAUGACAGUGCAAGUUCCUUUCUUCCUUUGUGAAUCCUUUGCCCCAUUUACUGUUUACAUGCAAUCUAGCAAUUCAAUUUCUGGUGCCUUCUCUCCAAUCAGUCCUUUCCUCAGAGUGAGACGUACAAAUCCUUGCAUUGUUUUGCAACAUACUCCCAUUCAUGCAGGUACUUUGGAGUAUUAAAGCAAAAUAAGCU